AUGUCGGCUGGUCGUGUGAUUGAAGGUGCCGAUCAAGCUAUGGUAGCUAUUCUAGUCUUUGAUGACCUCGACAGGAGAAUUCAAAUGGAAAGUCUUCCUGUCAAGUGUAUAAAGGCAACAAAGGGUGCCUGUGUGGCCACAAGACGGGGGUCGAGACUAAAUGACUCGGAGAAGGAAGAAGAAGAGAAGAAGAAGAGGAAGAUGAUGAGUACUCCGUACCAAUGGGCGGUUUUGACCAUGUAUUUGCUGGGGAAAGUCGAUACGGGCUGUACCGCCGGCUCGAGCCCUCCAAUCUUCGUCGGCUCAUGCGGAUGUUUCAGGAUAUGCGUGUUUGGGGCUGGUGGCAGCAUGCAUGCAGGGAAGCAGGCAAGAGAGAGAAAGCAAAACCACAAAAAAGGGACAAACGCUCGCAAGUGA